AUGGCUGGUGGAAAAGGCAAAUCAGCCGGCGGCAAGAGCUCAGGUGGAAAGACUUCGGCUGCCGAGGGUCCCAAGAAGCAACAGAGCCAUUCUGCCCGCGCCGGUCUUCAAUUCCCCUGUGGUCGUGUCAAGCGUUUCUUGAAGCAGAAUACCCAAAACAAGAUGCGCGUUGGUGCCAAGGCUGCCGUCUACGUUACCGCUGUUCUCGAGUAUCUCACUGCCGAAGUUCUCGAGCUUGCAGGAAACGCCGCCAAGGAUCUUAAGGUCAAGCGUAUCACCCCUCGCCAUCUCCAACUGGCCAUCCGCGGUGACGAAGAACUGGAUACUCUGAUUCGCGCAACCAUUGCCUUUGGUGGUGUCCUACCCCACAUUAACCGCGCCCUACUACUUAAGGUCGAGCAGAAGAAGAAGAACAAGGCAAUCGAGGCAUAG